AUGACCGUCUCGGCCGAUGAGCCUGUCCAAUUGAGGCUCUAUGGCCUCGGCCAAAGUGUCACGGCUCAAGACAUCACCAAGGCUUUCUCACCCGCUGAGAUCCUGAAAAUUCAGGUCUUUCCUUCCUCUCGGGGUGACACGCAGUGGGCCACGGUGCUUCUUCGAGGCGGAGCGGAUCUGGACGAAUGCCUCAAGCUCAAGUCUCGACUCCAAAGCCAAGGAGUCUCCAUGAUAGUUGCGAAUCCUGAGCCUGCGUUCUACGGACAAGACAUCGACAACACUGGUCGAAACCUCCGAUCUGUCCCACUUUCCCAGCAUCCGUUCCCUCCGCUGCUUGAAUCCAGCCGUGACCUUCCACCUCAUUUCAGUCCCAACCUUCCUACGAACCUCUACAUCCUGAACCUACCCAUCGACAUGGACCCUGUGCAAUUCCACUCACUCUUCGAGCCAUUCGGAGCCGUUGAGCACUCGCAACUAUUGUCCGAGCUCGACGGGAUGGGUAGACGAAGAGGUUUCAUCAUGAUGGAAACUCAUACGCAAGCCAGCAAUGUCAUGAUGACCCUCAAUGGAAAGUGGUUCAGUGGCUCCCGAAUCGACAUUACCUGGGCUCUGAAGCAGCUAAAACCGAACGAAAUCAAGCGUCGUGGUGGUGGACUCUUGUCCAAUCGAGUCAUUCAUCCGCCCCAGAUUCAUCACCUCGAUCGCGACCGAGAAGCCAUGGCGGACUGCUCAGUGGUAGUUGACAACCUUGAUGCCCUGGCCUUUCCAUCGCCUACGUCCAUCUCUGAGAUAUUCUCACACUUUGGUCCCAUCAGUCGAGUGACCAUGAUUCCUGGAUUGACAGGCUCCGCCAUCAUCAAGUUUGCGACAUCUCAGACCGCUCGAGACGUCGUCGCUAUGGGUCCCAUGACGAUCGGCACCUCCGCCAUCCUGUUCCGACCACUAGUAGGAUCAGCUGGACUUUCGCCGACCAGGUUCAGUCCAUUCCCGGAUCCUGUUACUCGGGAUGUCCAAGCGCACGGAGCCACGAUCGGUGUCACUAGUGGUCACCAUUCGUUGGCGCCUUCUCGGUCAUUCCCCAAGAUCGACUGGUCCCAUGGCAUCAAGUCGAACCUGAAUCCCGCCACUUCAGCAUUUGUGCCCUCAUCGUACAGCCAGCUUCGACAGGUGCCAGCGACAUCCUCAAGCCCCGUCAGUCAAGCCGAUGAAGAUGAUUUGAAGAAUGAAGAACCCCUCGGCAAUCUGUUAACUUCAAGCUUGAGCGACAGUCAGCACAGUCGUACCACUCGUACCGACACCACCAAGGCUUCAUCCGCAGACAUUCAACAACACAAGACUCAAAAUAGCACAACGCACCUCUCCAGGGCUCACGAACAAGGCCUCAAAGCUAUCAAGGCAAUCUGGGAUCGACCUGAAGUCUGGAGUGAGUCAGUUGCCGGCAAGGGAGAAGGGCGCUGA